CUAUUAACUAAAAACAAUCCAACAACAGUGAAUUUCUCUUAUAAGGAGAAACCCUCCCCUAAAACGGUAAACGAAGUUGUAGCCUGUAGUAAGCGCAAGCAAGGAAACAAAGCCGCCGCUGUCAGCACCGCAACUGCUUCUUAGCCUCGUCCCCAACUGACAGAAAAAGCUCUAUUGAUUAUAAAAGAGAAAAAGAGAUGUCUAGAAUAUGUGUGAAGAAUUUACCAAAAUAUGUGGCAGAGGAUCGUCUGCGGGAGGUUUUCUCGCAGAAGGGAGAAAUUACUGAUGCAAAGCUAAUGCGAGCCAAAGAUGGUAAGAGUAGGCAAUUUGCGUUCAUUGGGUUUCGAACUGAGCAUGAAGCUGAAGAAGCUAUCAAAUAUUUCAACAAAUCUUUCCUCGAUACUUCUAGAAUUACUUGCGAGCUUGCUCAUAAAGUUGGAGAUCCAAAUAUUCCUCGUCCAUGGAGUCGGUAUUCUCGAGAGAAAAAACAGGAAGUUACUGAAGGUGGAAAUAAAGUUGAUGGUUCUAGAAAUUCAAACAUAAAAGGUGCUCAGGUUGAAAGGAAGAUUAAUAAAAAGGAGAGAGAGAAAGAUGAUCCCCAACUGGAGGAAUUUCUUCAAGUCAUGCAGCCACGGGUUAAGUCAAAAUUGUGGGCAGAUGACACUUUGAUUGCUCCCGCUUCUGACCAAAAUUUUGGAGUCAAUGAGAAGGAAACUCAAGCUGAGAGGAAAAGCAGAAAGAAGGAAGUUCCAGUGGAUACCGAAUUAAAUAAAAUUUAUAGUCAUGAAGCUAAGAAGUCACAGAAUCUUGCUCGUGAUGAAGUCAUUUCAGAUAUGGAUUAUUUCAAGAGUAGAGUGAAGAAAGAAUGGUCAGAUUCAGAAAGUGAAAGUAGUGAGAAUGUUGAUGAUGACAAAGAUGACAAUGACAAAGAGAAUGAUUCUCUGAAAGAAAGUCUUCAAAGUAAAGAAGUUAAAAACAUAGAUCAGAAUGAGCAACAUGAUAUUAGAGGCCUUGCCCCAGUGGAGGUUGAAGAGGAAGCUCCUUUUGCAGGUUCUGACAGUGAAGUCCUUGACCCUGAGAAUCCAUCUAUUGGCUCAAGAGAGGAAUAUCUUGAGACUGGUCGUCUUUUUGUCCGCAAUCUGCCAUAUACAGCAACAGAGGAUGAACUGGAAGAGCACUUCAGCAAAUUCGGCAAUCUCACACAAGUUCAUCUUGUUGUUGAUAAAAAUAUGAAACGGUCCAAGGGAAUUGCCUAUGUUCACUACACACUUCCAGAGUGUGCUACAAGGGCUUUAGAAGAAUUAGACAAUUCAAUUUUCCAAGGCAGAUUGUUGCAUGUGAUGCCAGCAAAACAGAGAAAACUAUCCAACAAACAAGAGAUUGACGAUCCUUCAAGACAAGGUUCAAAAACUUUUAAGCAACGUCGGGAGGAAGAAAGGAAAGCAUCUGAAUCCAGUGGGGAUACAAGAGCAUGGAAUAGUUUGUUCAUGCGCCCUGAUACAGUGGUUGAAAACAUUGCUAGGAGACAUGGUGUAAGCAAGAGUGAUCUACUUGACCGUGAAGCUGAUGAUCUUGCUGUGCGUAUUGCUUUGGGAGAAACUCAAGUGAUUGCAGAAACGAAAAAGGCUCUUGCCAAUGCUGGAGUAAAUGUCAUGUCUUUAGAGGAAUAUGCUGCUGGGAGAACUGAUGGCAUGAAAAGAAGCAACCAUGUUCUAAUAGUAAAGAACUUGCCAUAUGGCUCUUCUGAAGGCGAACUUGCUAAGAUGUUUGGGAAAUUUGGUAGUCUGGACAGAAUAAUCUUGCCACCAACAAAGACACUGGCCUUGGUAGUUUUUCUUGAACCAUCUGAGGCUCGUGCUGCUUUUAAGGGUUUAGCAUACAAGCGUUACAAGGAUGCUCCAUUAUAUUUGGAGUGGGCUCCUUCCAAUGUUCUUAGUCAAAGUCCAACUUCUAAGAGUAAUGAAAAUAAUAUUGCUGCUGUUGGUGAACAUGAUGCCAAGAGAGUGAUGUUGGAGCAAAGUGUUGAAGGAAUAUCAGAAACUGAUAUUGAUUCUGAUAGAAUUGAGUCACGUUCAUUAUUUGUCAAGAACCUGAAUUUCAAGACAUCUGAUGAAAGUUUGAAAAAGCACUUUGGUGAACACAUGAAGGAGGGGAAGAUCUUAAGUGUCAGGAUAAAGAAGCAUUUAAAAAAUGGGAAGAAUGUUUCAAUGGGUUUUGGUUUCAUAGAGUUCGAUACUGUGGAGACGGCAACAAAUGUUAGUACAGAUUUACAGGGAACUGUUUUGGAUGGGCAUGCUCUUAUCUUGCAAUUGUGCCAUGCCAAGAAGGAUGAACAAGUGGGGAAAAAAGUUGACAAAGAUAGGAGUUCUACAAAAUUACUUGUGAGAAAUGUAGCUUUUGAGGCAACUGAGAAAGAUCUUAGACAGCUAUUUAGCCCAUUUGGCCAGAUCAAGAGCUUAAGGUUGCCAAUGAAAUUCGGAAACCACAGAGGCUUUGCAUUCGUGGAGUAUGUUACAAAGCAAGAGGCACAGAAUGCACUUCAAGCACUUUCAAGCACCCAUCUGUAUGGUCGACAUUUGGUUCUGGAGAGAGCAAAGGAAGGAGAGAGCUUGGAAGAACUAAGGGCCCGAACAGCGGCUCAAUUUAGUGAAGAGCAAAAUGUUUUGCAUAAUCCUACAAAGUUAUCAAAGAAAAGGAAGCAUAUGGCGGUCUUGGAUGAAGGAACAAUGAAAUUUCGAAGAAUAGCCGAUUAAUGCUUUUACCAAUAUUCUCAUGUAUUAUGGAAGACAUGAAUAAGGAUUUGCUAUGUUCAUAGGUUAUAGAUUAAUUUCACAUUAUGCUGGCCCCGAUUUUGCUUCUUAGGAGCUGGUUCCUGUCUACUGCUAUGUUGUUCAAAUGGGUAAAAGGUGCAUUUGUUUUAAA